UGGAUUCCUAUUUUUGAAUCACAAUGAGCCACAGUGGUAAGAGGUCACAUUCUUCAACUGGAUCUUGCAAGGGUAGCUGCCAUGUUGGUGGCCAUUCUUUCAAUAUCUUCAGAAAUACAGGAUCUGGAAAGUACCAUCAUGGGGUUUCAGGAAUUUCACAUCAAGGAUAUUGCCACCAAGAUGCAUAUAAAAGUUCACAUGGUUCUCAUAACGUUCAUCGUGUUAGUCAAUACAGAGCUCCCAGUGCACAUGGAGGUUCAGGAGGCAGAGGAAUCUCAAUCUCCAAACAUUCAUCUUCCACUCAUGGAUCUUGUCCUAGAUCUGGACAGGCAGAGCAAAGUCAUGGCGCGCAACGUAAAUUUGGAGGCCACAGUAGCUGGAAGAAAAGUGGCGUAAUUAAUUUCAAUGAAAAGGAAACCAUGCAACUGCUGAACAGUCGUCUGGCUUCCUAUCUAGAGAAAGUCUGCUCACUAGAGAAUGAGAACAACCAGCUUGAGAGGAACAUUCGAGAGUGGUAUGACAGAAACCAACCCAGUGCUUUCCCUGACUCCAGCAACUUCUUUAGAACCAUUCAGGAGCUGAAGAGUCAGGUUUCCUCAGCCACAGUGGAAAAUGCCAGGGUUGUUCUCCACAUAGACAAUGCUCGUCUGGCAGCAGAUGACUUCAAAAACAAGUAUGAGUUGGAACUUCAGCUGCAUAAUACUAUUGAAGCAGAUAUGAAAGGUCUUCGCAGAGCACUGGAGGGACUGAAUCGUGAGAUAUGCGAUCUUGAAGCACGGGUUCAGAACCUUCAGGAAGAACUGCAGCAGAUGAAGAGAACACAUGAGGAGGAAGUGAAUUCUCUACGAGCUCAGUUGGGCCAGAGAGUCACCGUGGAACUAAACGCUGCUCCAUCUGUAGACCUAAACAGAAUCUUGUCUGAAAUCCGACAUCAAUAUGAAAACCUAAUGGAAAGAAAUAUGAGAGAGGUUGAGAGCAUGUUCCUCCAAAGGACUCAGGAACUCAAUCAGCAGGUGACAUCUGGCUCAGAGCAGCUGCAAUCCGUACAAACUGAGGUCAUUGAUUUAAAGCGUAGUGUCCAAACCUUGGAGAUCGAGCUUGAAAGUCAGCUAAGCAUGAAAUCUGCACUGCAGUGCACGUUGGCAGAAAUAGAAGGUGGUUUCAGCUCACAGCUCUCCCAGUUGCAAGGUCUGAUCAACAACGUCGAAUCCCAGUUGGAGAAGAUCCGAUCUGACCUGGAGCACCAUAACCAUGAGUAUAAGAUCCUCAUGGACCAAACGACUCAUUUGGAGAGGGAGAUUGCCACCUACAAGCAACUGUUGGAUGGACAUGUUCUAAAUGCUUCAGGACAUCAUUCCUCAGAAAUCAAGUACAGAUCUCACCACAUCACAAAUGUUCACCAGACAACUGGCCAUGUUCAACAGAGCAAGUGCUAAAGUUUAACCCUUCUGAGAAUUAACCAGGAAAUUGAAGACCAACUAUGAAUUCAACAGCUUUCUUCACAUUACAUAAUAUAUUAGUAAUAUAUACAACCUACCCUCUUCUGUUUGUCAGACAACAGCUAAUCUUUCUAAACAUAUUAUUUGCAUAACAGCAGUUGAUAAAUGAGACAUCAUAGGGCAUCAAUAUUCAUUAACUGCAUUUAAUGUCAGAAAAGAAAAUUAGUCAUUUUGAGUACCAAUAAAAAAACACUUAAGAUUAAUAUUUUUUUCCAGACAAAUGCAAUACAUAUGUGUGUUAAAUUAGACUUUGUUCUAUCUUUUUCUUCUAUUUAAUUCAUA